UUCCCCUGGAUCCUGCGGGAUUACGUCUCAGAGACCCUCGACCUCACCGACCCGGCCGUGUUUCGGGACCUGUCCAAGCCCAUCGGGGUGGCCAACGAGCGGCACGCCCGGGACGUGAAGGAGAAGUACGAGAGCUUUGAGGACCCCACGGGCACCGUGGACAAGUUCCACUACGGGACGCACUACUCCAACGCGGCGGGCGUCAUGCACUACCUGAUCCGCACCGAGCCCUUCACCACCCUCCACAUCCCGCCGCAGAGCGGGUGGGCGCGCUCCCACGAGGACUUCAUCUACCAGCACCGCAAAGCCUUGGAGUCAGAGUAUGUCUCAGCCCACCUCCACGAGUGGAUCGACCUCAUUUUUGGGUACAAGCAACGAGGCCCGGCCGCCGUGGAGGCCCUCAAUGUCUUUUACUACUGCACCUAUGAGGGGGCCGUGGACCUGGACGCCAUUGCCAACGAGACGCAGAGGAAGGCUCUGGAGGGCAUCAUCAGCAACUUUGGGCAGACGCCCUGCCAGCUGCUCAAGGAACCCCAUCCCGCCCGGCUGUCAGCAGAGAGCGCUGCCCGGAGGCUGGCCCGCCUCGACACCCGCUCACCCAACGUCUUCGAGAACCUGGACCAGCUCAAGUCCUUCUUUGUGGAGGGCAUCAGCGAUGGGGUGGCCCUGGUGCAAGCCGUGGUCCCCAAGAACCAGGCGCACUCCUUCAUCACUCAGGGAUCACCCGACGUCCUGGUCACCGUGAGUGCCAAUGGCUUGUUGGGGACCCAUAACUGGUUACCCUACGACAAGAACAUCUCCAAUUACUUCAGCUUCACCAAAGACCCCACCGUCUCCAACGCAAAGACCCAGCGGUUCCUGCAGGGCCCUUUCGCCCCCGGCGCGGACCUCUGCUCCCGCACGCUGGCCGUGUCCCCCGACGGGAAGCUGCUCUUCAGCGGGGGACAUUGGGACAACAGCCUCUGCGUCACCUCGCUGGCCAAAGGGAAAGUCGUUGGGCACAUCACCCGGCACAUAGAUGUUGUCACCUGCCUGGCGCUUGACCUCUGUGGCAUCUACCUCAUUUCUGGGUCCCGGGAUACCACCUGCAUGGUGUGGCAGGUCCUACAGCAGGGUGGGUUUUCCAGUGGCUUGGCUCCCAAACCCGUCCAGGUCCUAUACGGCCACGACGCCGAGGUGACGUGCGUGGCCAUCAGCACCGAGCUGGACAUGGCGGUGUCAGGCUCCAAGGAUGGCACCGUCAUCAUCCACACCAUCCGCCGGGGUCUCUUCAUCCGGUCCCUGCGGCCGCCCACCGAGUCCGUCCUCUCCCACCUGGCCGUGGGGCCAGAGGGGCAGGUGGUAGCCCAAACCACCACAGAUCAACGAGCCUGCUUGAAGGACAGGUUUGCGCUGCACCUCUACUCGGUCAAUGGGAAGCACCUCUCCUCCGUCCCGCUGGAGGAGGAGGUGACGGCCAUGUGCCUGACGGAGGAGUUCGUGGUGCUGGGGACCAUGCAGUGCGGGCUGGAGAUCCGUGACCUCCAGAGCCUCAGGGCGGCCGUGCCUCCUGUGCCCAUGCGGGUGCCUGUCCACAGCGUGUCUGUCACCAAGGAGAAGAGUCAUAUCUUGGUGGGGUUGGAGGAUGGCAAGCUCAUCGUGGUCGGGGCUGGGCAGCCCGCUGAG